AAGAGGUACUGCGUCUGUUCGCGCCUCUACACCAGAGCUGAAUUGAAGGAGGAGCGCUGUUGCAUAACUCAAGAUGUUCGCGUCGAAACGGUUAGGCAAGGAGCUGUCAAAGGUACCGAAUCCCUCUCAUCGGUCGUCUUCGGUCGAAUAAGUUCCUACCCACCACGCAUUCCUCCAAAUUCACGCGUCCAUGUGCCAAAAUCUACACACAACCCGCGCCCACAGCGUAGAAUUCAAGGAAUGACUACGGAUACGGCUAUGCAAGGACGAAAUGAUCAGGUUGCUGACGACGAGGACACAGAUGCACGAGAAACUCCCUCCAGGCAUAACGCUCAUCCAGGCCGACGACUUCCAAACCUGGCUCAUGGACAUCCAAGUCAUGGACGACAACCCGCUUUACCAGGGAGAAACAUAUCGGUUAAAGUUUAGUUUCACGCCACAGUAUCCUAUCGAGGCCCCCGAAGUAGUCUUCGUCCGUACACCCACGCACCCCAUACCCUGGCACCCGCACAUCUACUCCAACGGCAUCAUUUGCCUCGAUUUGCUCGACCGUUCCGGUUGGUCGCCUGUUCACAACGUCGAGAGUGUGUGUGUCAGUCUGCAGAGUAUGCUUACGAGUAACACGAAGAAGGAGAGGCCGCAGGGCGAUGAGAAUUUCGUAAGGUAUAAUACCCAGCGGCCGAGGGAUAUUAGCUUUGUUUUUCAUGAUGAGAAGGUCUAGGCUUUGCUCUCAUGGCAGGUAGACUAUGAGGAGGGGUGUGUGUGUGUGUGUGUGUUCACGCUGCAUGUGUGGGUGUUAAAUGGCGUUUAUGGUGGAUACCGGAUGGGGAGCAUGGUUG